AUGUCGUCGAUUCCGGCCUAUCCCUGUGACCAAUCGUUUGGCAGUACAGCGUCCUCCACAUCCCAAGCGGUUACUCCAACUCCAUUCGCAGCCGCCGCUACUGCGAAUGGUUCGACCACCAUCGAGGGCUCGUCACAAAACGGUGUGGAGCGAGACCGUGUGAUCGGGAAAAACUUCUUGACUCGACCGAUCUGUGUGCAGACGUUCUCUAUCAGCAGCAUGCCGAAUCAUCUGGCCAUCUCGGAUAGUUGUGGAGGAGUGUAUAUCACGGAUUCUGAAGGAAGGAUCAAGGAACACGUGCUAGUAAAGAACUCGUCGGCAAGUUCGGUGGCCAUCGAUGAAAAGAAUGACGUGAUGUACGUGAGCAUAAUGCAAUCAAAAGGACGAUCGGUACACGUUUUCGACAUCGCUAACGGCUUCCGAAAACUUGAUGUUAUUCCCUGUCCAAAGGAACCCAAGAUCGAGAUGAGUCGAACGCGAUGGCUAACCGUUGGACCGAGGGGCCAGCUGUUCAUGGUUAGUGGAGACAAUGUGAAAAGUGCUGUGUGGUGUUAUGUGCGGGCCAAAAAGGCAUGGAAAACUCUGAAAGAGUCGCGAAAAACUCGUUAUCAGUAUAUAAGUGUGGCAGAAGAUCAAGCGGAGUACAAGUGA